UGGAAUCACAAGCGACACAGGGUUCUACGUAUGAAGCCACGCAGAACAUCCAUGGAUUAUGUGAUCGUUUUGGACAUUUGGUUGCUCUCCCUGAGGAACGUCGUCCCACCCCUGUCAUAUCAGAAAACAGAGGAAGAAGGAAAACAGAGGUCGGUCGAUGCUCGUUCGUGAUGGCCUGGUCAACAAUGUUGGGUCAUCGACUGCACCUGGACCGGACUCUUCUCCGUGCACCUGCCCCAAGGUUGGUCACGGACCGUCCCCUCGUCAUCUCUCCUUCGGUCACCGUUCUUUUCUCUCUCCGUUGUCUGCCAUGCAGGUUUCUCUGGCUUCGUCGCCUGCGGCUGUUGUCAGUGUUCUCCAGUCACCCCAUGGUAUUGAAGGGCUGAAGAAGUGGCUGACGAGAAGGACUAGAAGCAUGGAAUAAAUGAGCCCAUUGUCCGAAAGCAGACGGACACAGGCAGGGAAUCUGCAUUCUCUCCUCCUUGUCUUUGCUCUUCGAUCGUCGCCACUGGUUGCCGUGCUGUCUUUACCUUGUCGCCCUCUCUCGUUGUCGCUUUGUCUCUCCCACCGAUGAGGACCAUCAUGGCAAGCAGCCCCCACGAGCCCUCCUUCUCCUCCUCCAAGAGACACUUCCAGUGGAGAGGUGGAAAAGGAGGUGACGAAAAGAAGCGAGGAGGGAGGGUGGAAGGGGAGACGCUUGAGGUCUCCAUUGCCACCUCAUCAUCACCGUUCUCUUGUGAUGGUGACGCGCCACUAGCAAGGAAGAAGGGCUCGACCUCCUCGGCGGCGGCGGCGGUGGCGGUGGCUGUUUCGAGGUUCCGGGCGGUGCUGACUGCGGCAUUUGUGGGCAGGCAUCGACCCGUGGGCUUGGGGCCCCGUGUGACGGGCACGCUAUUCGGCCAUCGCCGCGGCCACGUCCACUUCGCGUUCCAAGUCGACCCCCGGGCCUGCCCGGCGGUGCUAAUCGAGCUGGCGACGCCCACGGACACGUUGGUGAGGGAGAUGGCGUCGGGGCUGGUGAGGAUCGCGCUCGAGUGCGAGCGACGUGCGGGCGGCGGAAAGAAGCUGCUGGAGGAGCCGCUGUGGCGUGCGUACUGCAACGGAAAGAAGUGCGGCCACGCGGUGCGCCGCGAGUGCGGGCCGGCCGAUUGGAGAGUUUUACAGGCGGUGGAGCCGGUGUCGACUGGCGCCGGUGUGCUCCCGGGCGGCGACGGCGUCGCCUGCGGGGACGUGAUGUACAUGAGGGCGAGCUUCGAGCGGGUGGUGGGAUCCAGCGACUCGGAGGCCUUCUACAUGUUGAAUCCUGAUAACCAAGGCGGCCCUGAGCUCAGCAUCUACCUGCUUAGAGUCUGACAUUUGUGAGAGGCGGCCGAGAAAGUUGGUCGAUCCGGUGGUCGUUUGGCGAUUCCUGUCCCUGUUCUCCUCCUCGAUCAUCUGUGUCACCUUCCUCUUCUGCCCUGUGGAGGGGUGGUUUUACCAGACUAACGAUAGAACCUAGUCUCAUGCUUCUUCUUCUUCUUCUUCCUCGUCGUCGUCGUCGUCGUGAUCUUUUCUCCUCCGUAUAUCCUUCACGACUACAC